CGCGCUUCAGGUAAGACAACGGCACACGAGGGUGUGACAAUCUCGACUUGCUAACCUCGUCAUCGAAAGGUACAUAACAGGAACACUAUGGAGGAAAACGCCCCAUCGCUACUGACCAGUGAAGAGUAUCAGAAAUUAAUGAGUGAUCUUCACUCGCCAUUUGCAUUCAGAGCCGCCCCCUUGCCAGACGACACAUUACCAAACAGCGACCGAGUGGACGGGAGCAGACGGCAAAUUUCCACUGAGUCUGUAAAUGCAAGGGGAAAAAUAAAAAGUGAUCCUUUCCUGAACCGAUACAUAAGCUAUGUAGACACCUACGAGGCAAGACUUCUGAAGGAUGCCGAGGAUGUGGAAGAGCGAGUUCGUUCGUACUUAAAUACGGAAAUUUUAGACAAAUUGAACAGAUCACAAAGUGGAAAUAUAUCGUCAAAUUUAAUGUUGAAUUUUGAACUGAUGCCGGCAGGGAGCUUCUACGAGGGCGUGAAAGUCAAACAUGCCAAUGAAUUCGACUAUCUACUUGUCCCUUUCAUUGAAGACACAGCCAGCAAGCGGCGCAUCGAAAUCGGCUCAAAACUAACCAUGACAAGAAAUUCUCUACCAACUAUCAAAAAUAUACGGGAUCGUCCUGUCCAGCACCUGUCCUAUUUCAGCCUUGGUACAAAUGACCACGAAGUUGAGAGGGCACUCCGCAGUCUUACCGGCGCGUCGACAGGUGGCAACGGAAAGAUAUCGGCACGGAAUGUGACGGAGGGUUUACGGGCAAUGGUCUGUGAGGCUCUUGGGUGUGGCAAUUCUAAUUCUGUCACCACCAAAGGGCCUGCGGUAACUCUGUACCUGAGUUGUCCAGGAACACAGGAAAACGGCCUGUACUUGAGGUGUCUUGGGAGAGAAAUAGGAAGAGCUGGGAUCCAAUACCCAGUAAAAGUUGAUUUGACAUUGGCGCUUAAAGUGGAGGUUCCAUUACAGUACUUCGAUGAGGGUGACAAUAAAACAAAGAUAGUGGAACUGAACGAACUGACCGCUAGACGUCGCCACGACCUGACGAAGCAAAUUCGCCACUGUUUCUUUGUCACUGCUGGUGAUUUUUGGCAGUGCAGCUUUAGUUAUCAUCAGACCUACAUCAUCCGUGAAACAGCUGAGGAAAACCAAAGCGGAUUAAGAGCCAUCAAGAGUUUGCGAGAUGACCUCUCCCUAUCGGACCCCCUGGACAAUACCAUCCUCAGUACGUAUCCUCUUAAGGUCGCUUACCUCAACAAAACCUUCAACAUGGACGACGAGGACGUGGAACGUCAGGGAAAGGAAACAAAAUGGAACGCUGCUGAAAUUGAUAAACAUGUGGUUGACAUGCUUCAGUCAAUUGACGAGCAGGGAGCUGAAAGAAGCAUGAAGGAUAUCUUCAUUAAAAACAACGCUGUGUUCCACGACGCCGAUAAGUCUUAUCUUGAAAGCCGACGACUUCUGCGCCAUCUGAAGACAGAAAAGAAACUGUAUAAAUUACAUGGGCGUGGCCACUGCUGCUGCCUGUCAAUCAUUAUAGUGCUACUCAUUUUAGUUGCUAUAACGGCUCUGACAUUUAAUGAGGCCAUAAAUUACAAAACAUUACCAAAAGAAAUAUGUAUAACAGCAUCCAUUAGUAGCGGGUCGGUUAUAGUUGGCUUACUUUGCUUAUUGAUGGGGAUUGUCUGUUUUGCUCUGACUUCCUGUUCCUUUGUUUUGUUUAACCGCUGCUGUGUGAAGCGCCAGUCAAAACUGUACCAACUGUCAUUUUGCUGCCUUUUGUUUCUCUACAUUUGUGCUUUGAUUUUUGCAUUAAUUGUCUUCGGCAUUGUUUUAACCAUUUUGAUUCUAUUCUACUUUGCUCGCAUGGACGCGUGCCAAGUUGUGUCGGAUAUGGAAGACUAUUUCCACGUGGCCGCAGGGAUAUCUUUUGCCGGCGUUGGGCUGGUGUUUCUUUACAUCUCCAUCUUCUAUAUAUGCCUUAGAUAUUGUGGGCGUCAUUGCAUGUGGGGCACACACUCAUGGCCGCGUUGGGACCUUUGCUCUAGUUUCAGGGGAACAUGCGUGGGCGUCUGCUGCCAAAAAAGCUACCACAACGACGUUUUUGCUUGGUUCAUGUGUGAUGACAUCUUCUGUCGUAUUUGCUGUCGUAGGAUGUAUGAAGAGGGCUUCAUUCGUGGACCUCUGCGGGCCUCGGUCUUUGACAGGGCCACGGCACGGUUUCAGAAAACAGUUGGCCUGAGUGGAGCAGUUGAGGAACGAGUGGCCGUCACUUACGAACGAGAGACAGGAGGAGCUUUACAAACCGUAGACCAGUCUGAAGCGUCAGUUAGUGAACAAACAAGACAUCCUGGAGAAAGUGGGGAAGCGUCCUUUUCUCAAAUCAGUUUGGUUGAGGAGGUUUCCCGUUCUGAAGUUACCAUUGAUGACAGCCAAGAUCCUGGAACCGACAGAGAUGACCAACAGGAAGUCUCAGAUGUGGAACAAGAACCGGACGAACAGCUCCAAGACCCAAGUGUUGAAGCUGAAGAGUCACCAGGGUCACAAGUCACCGAUGCAGACUAAGCGGGGUAAAUUGAUGUUUUAACAGACUUAAAUGUCUUACACUGGAUCGAAAGGCAAAAGCAAAUAAAAAGAAACGAUUUCUGAAGGUACCAAACAGGACACACAAUAGCCACCGGAGCAUAAACAACGGGUGGAUAAUAUUGCUGCAGAUGUGGAGGAUGAGUUUAGUAUCUGUAGAAUUAGAAAAUUAGCUAAAUCUACGUUAUCACAUGCAAAUGCACGAUUGCAAUCUAAUGCUUGUUAUAUAAGUAGUCGGUUGUGAAGCCAUGUAAUGUCUUGUAGCAGUCAGGUUGGUAGCUUGGUCAACUAGGGCUUGCAGGGAACCAGUCUUGGCUGUUUCUUUUUCAAUAAUUACUAACUUGA